AUGAUUUUGAAGAUUGCAAACAUUCAAACAAAUGUAAAUAUACGUAGUUGGGAGCAAUUGCAAAAACUCGCCAAUAAAGGUGAAAAAAUGAGUUUCAAUUCAUUAAAGCAACAUUAUAAAAAAUUAAAUAACUCAACAGAAGUAUCACGUACAAGAAGAUAUAUUGCAAAAGGCGGUACUGAUUUUCAGAAAUAUGAAUUGAUUAAAGAUUUUGUUUGGAAAAGGUUUCAUUUAGCAAGAAGCAAAUAUUUGCCAAUUAAUGAUAAAGAUCUUAAAAGAUGGAGUUUACAAAAAUCAAAAGAAAUUAAAUUAGGAAAUUUUACUGCAAGCGACAACUGGAUCAGACAGUUCAAAGUUUGUAGGAAUAUUUCUUCACGUAAAAUCACAAAAGUUAUUUCAUCAAACUAUGAAAUAGAUAAUGACAAAAUAAUGCAACAAGGUCGUGAUUUUGUAAAACAUGCAUCUAAAAAAAUUCGUGAAUUUUGA